CCCACCUUACUUGGGUUAUCGGAAAAGCCUUUGGACUUGGCCCUCAGAGACGUUGGAAUCUAAUCGGCCGAUUUUUUUCAUAGAAAUCUCCUCAGAACGGCAAAAUGUCUGCGGAUUUGGUUCUGAAGCCGACGUGCAGCGGCUGCGGAUCGCCGUCGGAGCUUUACGGAACCACCUGCAAGCAUUUGACUCUCUGUGUGUCGUGUGGCAAAACCAUGGCUCAGAACCACGGCACCUGCAACAAGUGCGGCGCUCCGAUCACGCGCUUGAUUAGGGAAUACAAUGUUAGAGCAUGCUCUACCAACGAAAAGAAUUACUUCAUCGGGAGAUUUGCUACGGGGUUACCAACUUUUUCAAAGAAGAGGAGUGAGAACAAGUGGAGUCUGCAGAAAGAAGGUCUGCAAGGACGCCAAGUAACUGAUGCUUUGCGGGAAAGGUUCAAGAAUAAACCCUGGCUAUUGGAGGAUGAAUCAGGGCAGUCUCAGUACCAUGGCCAGCCAGAAGGUGCACAAUCAGCAACCUACUACCUACUAAUGUUGCAGGGUAGAGAGUUUGUUGCCAUUCCUGCUGGUUCCUGGUACAACUUCAACAAAGUGGCACAAUACAAGCAGCUUACCCUGGAAGAAGCCGAAGAGAAGAUGAAUAACCGAAGGAAAACUGCUGAUGGGUACCAAAGAUGGAUGAUGAAAGCAGCAAACAAUGGACCUGCUGCUUUUGGAGAAGCUGGAAAGUUCGAUGACAAGGAAGGUGGUGGUGGUGGUGGUGGGAGGGCUAGGAGGAAAUCUGGUGAUGAUGAGGGCAAUGCCUCAGACCAAGGAGAAGAAGAUGAAGACGAUAAUAUGGACAAGAAACAUAGACCAGGGCGCAACAAAAAAGGUGGUGAUGAUGAUGAAGAGGGACCCCGAGGUGAUGAUUGGGAGCAUGAAGAAAUUUUUACAGAUGAUGAUGAAGCUCCAGGAAAUGACCCUGAGGAAAGGGAAGAUCUGGCUCCUGAAAUCCCUGUCCCUCCGGAAAUUAAGCAGGAUGACGAAGAUGAGGAAGAAGCUGAUGGGGAAGGAGGAUGGGGUUUGAGCGAAUCGGGUAAAGAGUUGAAGAAAAUCCUUGGGAAAGCUAAUGGGAUGAAUGAAUCAGAUCCCGAGGAUGACGACGACGACGAGGAAUCAAGCAAUGCAACUUUCGACGUUGAGCCGGGGGUCUCUUUGGAAACAGCCUCUCUACUUUCGAGUAGGGGCAAGGUCUGCGUACACACACCCUCCCCAGACCCUACUCUUGAAGAUGAUUUCUCAUCACCUGUAUUAGCUCCAAAGCCUAAAGUAACUCCUAAAGAAGAACAAGCUGAGGCCAGCAGUCCAGCGAAACCACCUGGUUCGAGCUCCACUCGUGCAAGCUCCUCGAUUUCAAAGUCAGCUAAGGGUAAAAGAAAAGCUAAUGGGGAUGAACCAAAGUCUGCUAAUGGUGUUCCUUCUAAAAAAGUGAAAUCUGAAACGGACGUUAAGCCAGUAAAAGAAGAAGCUGUCACACCUGCUGCCAAUAAUAGCAUGCCCAACAAUCUAUCAUCAUCGUCUGCAGUGCCACCUGCAAGAACUGCUGUAACACCCGUGACUGAAGAUGAAAUAAGAGCUGUUCUGCUGCAGCAAAGACCGGUUACCACUUCGGACCUUGUUAGCCGAUUUAAAUCACGGCUGAAGUCUAAAGAGGACAAGGACACUUUUGCAGCUGUAUUGAGGAAAAUUUCCAGGAUACAAAAGACAGAAACAGCCAAUUAUGUCGUCUUGCGAGAGAGGACUAACCAAUGAAGGCGAAAGAACUAACGGCAACAUAUUUCCGCCAAAGGGUGAAACAACAAACCAACUUUGGCUUUUAUUAUCCGACAUUAAAAAGCAGCAACAGAAUCAUGGCUCAUUGUCAUGCACUGUGAUUGCUUAUUGUUUCAGUUUGCAUUUUCUUAUGAAGAAGCAAUUAAGCCCCCCCACCCCACCCCACCCCACCCCACAACUCUCAACAACAAAAAUCAAAGGUGAUGUGCUGCUUUAUUUGUGGACUGAAAUUCUGUGUGGUUGCAGGGGAGUAAGUUCUGUUAGGAAUCAGAGAUCAGAGGCGGUCAAGCGGAAGCGAACAAACACACACACACAAAUAGCAGAAAAUAAGAACACGAGAUUUAACGUGGUUCGGUCAGUAAACUACUCCACGGGUUGCAACUAGGGUUUAUCUUUUAUUAGGUGCUCACAGAUUAUAGUUACAUGAUUGGGUAUUUAUAAGAUAUAAACUAGGGUUAACAAC